GUGUUUAAGAAGAACUCCAAACCGACGUUUAUUCGCCUGUAUUUCACCAAUAGGUUGGAAGAGGGGUCCGAAGCCAUUGAGAUUCCGGUCGAGAGUUUGAGACAAUUUCCGGCCGGUUCUACACUCUCUGGCGUUCACUUCAAAGCGUUUGGAUGCGAUGAAAGUGAAAUCGAUUUGCAUGACUACGAACACCAAACACUCAGUAUAUCACUGGAAGAGAAGCCGGCGGUCAUUAGAGCCGAUGGAAUGCUUCCCAACAUUUGGGUCCAUACGGACGCCUCCGAGAAGAGGGUCUAUAAGUUGACGUGGAAACAGGCGAAGAAGGACAUCGACAUCGAGUUCUUCUUCCUAUUGCAACCGUACGCCGAUUCACCGCAACGAAUGGAAAUCAAGACCGACAGCCACCCAAAGGUGUUUCCAAUCGGACAAACCGUUUCCAAUGCGCUGCACAUCAAAGUUCUGGACGCCUAUAAUAAUCCGAUUCGAUCUAAAGAUAUUAUGGAUCGACUCGUUAUUAAACCCGUUUCUCAGCUCAUAGUUCUCGAUGAAAGAUGUCUGAAAAAGGCUUUCGCCAGAACUGACAAUACGAGCGCAGAGGGGCAUCAGAUUGAGCCCAGAGUUUCGUUCGUUAUCUCCAAUAUAAGACUAUUGCCGAACACAACCAUAACAUCUAACGAAUCACAUAUCGGUAGUCAUAAACUGUCGUUUGCCAUCAGAAAUAUAGAUGAUAUGAUUCAAGAGCUCGACAUUGAUGUAGUGAACGGAACGCCGCAUUCACUCGUAUGGAUCGACUCGAGGAGUUGUUUGUCUCUAACCAAUAAUAAACGCUUUCGAUUCGAAGUACAAGUUUUGGAUGAGUUUAAGAAUCCAGUGGUGAACACAAAACUAGAGAUUAAGUUGACGUUAGUGUCGAGUAUUAAUCAAAUGGAAUUCACAGCGGAGACCGAUUCGGACGGUGUGGCCGUGUUUUCUCGUGUAUUGAAUUACAAACCCGACGCUAUUGUACAGCAAUGUCAACCACCGGCAGGAGUGGCGCCCAUUCCCUCGGCAUCCCAUUCACAGUGCUUUGGAUUUACGCGUGCGUUCGCCACCGCUAAACACAUCCGAAAGGCUCUGCGUUCUAACGACCAAUGGAUUCACGUUAGCAGUGAUAAUAAGAACACCACAAAAAGUCCGCACAAACCGGGAGACGUGUAUGAGAAGAGAGAGAAAAAGAUUUUAAAGAGUUUGCGAGAUUUGGGAGAAAACUUGACCGGUUUGGACGAUGAAAUCAAUAUAGACCAGAGAUUAGAUGCCUGUAAGAAGUCAUUAACUGCAUUGAGAGCACGAGAUGCGAGUCGAACGGUGCGUGGAAUCGAUGUGCCGAAGGCUCCCAAUAGAAACGGAGUGAUCGGACGGAUCGCACACUUGGCGUACGUCGAAGACAAUGCAUUGGCCAAAAGUAUUUCGUGGUUUCUCCGCGAUUUCAUGUCGUGUAUCGUCACUAAGACUACAGAAUCGGCGCAAAGACUUUGCAACACUUCGGCUGAAGUUCAACAGACGCUUCCAUUGGAUUGUAUUCAAAAAUCAUUGACAUUACCAACACUUCCAACGUAUGGCACUUAUGUUGUAAAAGCAGCCAAACAUUAUCUCAAAUAUAACGAAAAGUCUGAUAACUUGAACAAAGUAUUUGAUGCCGUUUUGGGAAAUUCUAUAAUCAUGGAAGACAUUGAGAGUGCAAAGAUAUAUAGACAUCAACUCAUCCUUAGAAGCAUGAGAUGUCCGACAAUUAUAACCAAAACUGGAAUCCUAUACGAGUCGGGAAUCAUUGAUAGGCAGACAACUGCGGGCGAUAUCGUUAUGUUUCAGUCGCCACCGGAUCCAGAGUUGAUCAAAACUGGGAAAAUCGCACGACUUUUGCAACAAUUGGUCGCUAAUCUCCACAGGAAUUUUGAAGAGUCCAUGGGUUCCGAAGAGUCGGGUUCUGAGACAGACUGCGAUCCGCCGGCGCCCAAAAGGCAAAGGACU